UUCCGUUUUUAUAUGACGUUUGAAUCUGUCCAUAAAUCAAAAUAUUUGCAAAUGUAUAAAAUUACAGUCCAAAAUGCCCAAAAUUAUAUCCGGUGCUGACUUAAAAUUAAUUGGGGCUAGUUUUAUCAUAUCAAAAUGCCCGUAUUCACCGCUAACAUCCCAACUGUGCUCAAGAUUGGUGAUCGAAUUGAAAUCGGUGGUCGUAUAAAGGAAAAUGCACGAAAAAUGUCUAUAAAUCUGUGCGCGCAAGAGGGAGAGGAACCACGUGACGUUGUUCUCCACUUCGACGUACGUUUUCAUAGAGACAACAUUAUAUCUCUGUCUCGGAGGAAUGGUGUUUGGAUUGGAAGCGGGAAUUUGGACACAAAUUAUAAUAUGUUUGUACCUGGUACAAUAUUCCGAAUAAUAUUCGAAAUAAAGGACACAGAUGUGAUAACAAUAUAUUGUCAAGGCAAAUUCCAUUCAAAUUUCCUACCGAAGAUCCCGCUGACGAUGGCGAAGUUCCUCGUCGCCUGGGCUGAUGUGGAAAGAAUCACGCAUUGCUACUUCCACAUAGGAGAUCAGGGUGUGGGUGAUGAAGCUAUCGUAGGAAUCCCACAAUCACCAAGGCAGGGGAUUCCAGUUGAAAAGAGAUGCCCACGAGUCCACAAAAAGUCCAGCUCGCCACAUCAUCGUUCAUCAGAGAGUUCCGACGAUGAGAAUCCAAGGCCUAAAGCCGAAGGUCGUGCUGACAGAUUUUUCUACGACACACUAAUGUGUCAAACGCCGGACAUGAAGUUCCCCGAAACGUCAUACAGAAAGUACAGAGAGUCGGAAAUAGAUAAAAAUGAAUCUGAAUUGUCGGAUGUGUCGAAAACACUAGAAUCCUCCCUCGCGGAGUCCGAUGAAAUGCAUUUUAAAAAAAGAACACGGAGGGGCAAGUUCGCGCCAUUCGCGCAAGUUGUCAAUUUUAUGGGAAAGGGCGGGAAACGAAAUUAG